AUGGCCAAAGGAAAGCUGAAGGAAGGAGUCAAGAAUGAAAAAAAUUACCAAGUUAAUUUGAAGGUGGUAGGGCAUGAUGGUUCAGUAGUGCAAUUUAAGGUUAAGAGACACACACCACUUAGUAAACUAAUGAAAGCCUAUUGUGAAAGGCAGUUGGAAAUGGAUGAUGAAGAUACAAUUGAUACAUUCCAGCAACAGGCAGCAUUUCUUAAAAAGAGAACCUGCAACUCUACUCCAGAACUGUGCUACCAAUAA